AUGGCCCCUGAAAUCCGAUCUAAGCGAGGGGCCAUGUUGAUCGGGCUUAUAGAAUACAAUUGGAAAGAGCGCCAUAAACGGAGCACAAAAAGAGGCUUUCAAGAUAUUGCCGUCGAGAGAAAACGAGACCCUAGCGUUCAAGCUCCAGGAUGCCCGGGUGCCCCUUUCAUCGGUGGGUGGAGUGCUUCUUCGAGUUAGGCCCUGGUAGCGCUUUUCGCCGAAGCACAAUAUGACGCGGCGCAACUUCGCUGUUGAACCUGAGCGGCAGCAGCAGCAGGGCCAACCUGUCAGCGCUUCGCCACAGCAGUUUCCCCGUCUACUACCCGCGCCCGCGCCACCCUAGGCGAUGGCGGUCAGCGCAUACCCCGAUACUCCCCUCGUGGAAGACUUCAAAGGAGGGGACACGCUGGCAGUUUUGCGCCAGAUGAAGGAGGUGCACUACAGCCAUCCUGAGCGCGUACGAGAAUUUGUGUUCGAUGCCGCCUUGGCGGUAGGAGCGGGCUCAUGCGUGCACGACGAUCCCCCAAAGGCUCUACCAAGAGGGUUGACGCGCGAUCAGGGCGUCGCAGCUGCGAAGGAGCACCCUGGGCUCUGUGGAUUCUAUCUGGCUGGGGUUAGUUACGACGAUGUGGUCGCUACUGCGGAGAGGCGUGGCGUGAGCGUCACCUUCAACGUUUUUCGCAACCAGUGUUGCUUCGACGCCGCCAAAAAGCUUCGUGCGGAUGGCAUGGGCGUCCAACUCGCUCGGAAGGAGUGUUUCACUCAAGCGUUCAGAGCUGUUUUUCCCGGGAAUGGCACGCCAGACCAAUGGGUGGAAACGACAUUCAGCGCUGAAAACGCGUGAUGGUCAGACGUCCUGGCGCGAGAGGGAUGAUGGUGGAUGCCGCGGUUCGGAAUGUAGGAGAGAGCUGUGUGGCGCCUGCAGGGAUGACGACUGCCGUGCCUAGGAAUGUAGUAGAUCAGCCGUGCAGUUGGAUUUGGCAUUUGCCUGGUAAGGGCCACCUCGCUUGUGUCCCGCGCCCCGCGGGAGGGGGGGACGGGAGGGGGAGAGAGGUGUCUACUUUUGUUCGUGAUGCAUGAGGUAUUAGGAGGGCAAAAAUUCCAGAGAGAGAAUCAACGUACCUGGUGCAGCAGUACGUGUUCUGACCUUGACGUAAGCAAUUCCUCUAGGCGUGGCAUAUCAACAUGGGGUGGUGCGUGGGAAAGGAACGUGAUUGGAGUGUACAGGGAAGGGCCGAGGGAAAGCCGUUGUCAACGAGAGAGAGCAGCAUACGUUUUGCGUAAUGGCCCCUUUGGUGACCGUUGAGAGAAGAGAAGGGCACCGAAACCUAGUUGUCCAAAAAACACCGCUCGUUGUUCAGGCAGUAGUCCAAAAACACUGUUCUACACCUCCUUUUUUGUGAGCAACAAGCACCUGCAGACCCUGUGCGUGCUGUGCGUAGCUGUUUGUUGGUUUGAGUGCAGCUGCGCGCAGAUUGGUGCGAACGCACUCGUUACCGAUCGGGAUGCCCUUUUCGAGGCAGUAAUAAUCAGAUUGCGGACUCGAAGCCCGUGAGACCAAAUACUCCAAAGCCUCCACACAACAGUGCUCUGUCGCGGGUGGGGGGAGGAAGCCGCACUUGGAUCACAGCUGAUGUGCGAGAGAGAAACCGGGGGCACUUUUUGA